UGUUUAAUGUUGCUUCCAUGUAGAUUGUUGUUCUGCUUUACUGUUAUAUUUAAAUUAUGGCAAUUAACAUGAGUGUAAUCAUGGUAGAUCUUGUUCCUUGGCUGUACCUCCCUCUUUUCCUACUCAUUUCCCUCUUUUUUUACCUGUGGAUUUGCAUGUGUGACCUAGCAGAAUAAUUGGGUCCACAGCAACAUGGGCGUGCCUCCCUUAGAUACACUUAGUUUCAUGUAUGACUCAUAAGCCGAAGCACAGACACCACUUCCCCAAUCUACAGGAGCCAUUUUAACAGCUUAAAACUUGCCGGAUUGCUUUUAAAUUCCAGCCCAAAGGACUGUAUCUAAAUGAGAAAGAAUGUUUGAAGGUCAAGAAGCUUGAGAAAACUUUCAGCAAAAUUGCCUGAGUUUGAGUAGAAUAUCAUUGAAACCAGAGCAUUUGAAACACCUUUGCUGAAGAAAACUUACGGUCACAGUUAUUUGACAAGCUCAGCUGAGGAUUUUACCCGCAUCAGUCACCAUACUGUGCUGCCCAUAAUUGAACCCGUUCGCAGUUUUUCUCAUGUGGAUCUAAGGGGGAAUGUUUUAUUAUGGCUGCUGUUGUCCAACAGAACGACCUAGUAUUUGAAUUUGCUAGUAACGUCAUGGAGGAUGAACAACAGCUUGGUGAUCCAGCUAUUUUUCCAGCCGUAAUUGUGGAACAUGUUCCUGGGGCUGACAUACUCAAUGGUUAUGCUGGUCUGGCCUGUGUGGAAGAGCCCAAUGACAUGAUUACUGAGAGCUCAUUGGAUGUUGCUGAAGAGGAAAUCAUAGAUGAAGACGAUGACGCUAUCACCCUUACAGUGGAAGCUUCUUGCCAUAAUGGGGAUGAAACAAUUGAAACAAUUGAGGCUGCUGAGGCACUCCUGAAUAUGGAUUCCCCUGGCCCUAUGCUGGAUGAAAAGCGAAUAAAUAAUAAUAUAUUUAGUUCAUCUGAAGAUGACAUUGUUGUUGCCCCAGUCACCCAUGUAUCCGUCACAUUAGAUGGGAUUCCUGAAGUGAUGGAAACCCAGCAAGUACAAGAGACAUACGUAGAUUCACCAGGAGCCUCAUCACCAGAACAGCCUAAGAGAAAGAAAGGUAGGAAAACUAAACCGCAGCGACCAGAUUCCCCAGCCAUGACACCAAAUAUAUCUGUGAAGAAGAAAAACAAGGAUGGGAAGGGAAACACAAUUUAUCUUUGGGAAUUUUUAUUGGCUCUGCUCCAGGACAAAGCUACCUGUCCUAAAUAUAUUAAGUGGACGCAAAGAGAAAAAGGCAUUUUUAAAUUGGUAGAUUCCAAGGCUGUAUCCAGGUUGUGGGGGAAGCACAAAAACAAACCUGAUAUGAACUAUGAGACUAUGGGAAGAGCACUCAGGUACUAUUACCAAAGGGGUAUCCUGGCAAAAGUGGAAGGUCAGCGCUUGGUGUAUCAAUUUAAAGAAAUGCCAAAAGAUCUUAUAUAUGUAGAUGAUGAGGAUCCAAGUUCCAGCACUGAGGCUUCAGAUCCGGCACUAUCUUCUACAACCACUUCAAGUAGGAACCAGGCAAGCCGAUCCAGAGUAUCUUCAAGUUCAGGGAUAAAGGGAGGAGCCCCCACAGUCUUAAAACCAGGGAAUGCAAAAGCUGCAAAGCCCAAAGAUCCCAUGGAAGCUGCACAGCCGUCAGAAAUUUUGAGGACAGUACAGCCAUCACAGCCUCCAUAUCCUACCCAGCUCUUCCGGACUGUUCAUGUCGUGCAGCCAGUACAAGCUGUCUCAGAAGGGGAAGGAACCCUAACCAGUACUGUGCAGGAUGAAACAUUAAAUUCUUCUGUUCAGAGUAUUAGGACAAUACAGGCUCCGACCCAGGUUCCAGUAGUCGUGUCUCCUGGGAAUCAACAGCUGCACACAGUAACACUCCAGACAGUGCCACUGACCACAGUGAUUGCCAGCACAGACCCGUCGGCAGGUGCUGGAACUCACAAGUUUAUUUUACAAGCCAUUCCAUCUUCACAGCCCAUGACAGUACUGAAAGAAAAUGUCGUGCUACAGUCCCAGAAGCCAGGCUCUCCUCCCUCACUUGUCCUGAGCCCUGCCCAGGUACAGCAGGUUCUCACGAGCAACGUUCAGUCCAUCUGCAAUGGAACGGUCAGUGUGGCUUCAUCUCCGUCCUUCAGUGCUACUACACCUGUAGUGACCUUUUCUCCUCGAAGUUCGCAGCUGGUUGCUACUACACCUGGCACUGUCAUCACUUCAGUUAUAAAAGCUCAAGAAGCAAAAACUCUUAUACCAGAAGUAGAUAAAAAGGAGGCUGAAGAUAAUUUGAAAGAAGACAUAGAGAAAACUGAACAACAGGCACAGCCUUAUGUGAUGGUAGUUUCCAGUCCCAAUAGAUUAGCCUCUCAGAUAGCUGUGAAGCAAAACGAACUAGAGGAACCCAACUCUUUUUAAUCAAAGUACCAAAGGAAUUGUAGGUGAUUAGUUUUUAAUUCAACUCAUUAUCAGUUGUAUGUGAAUAGUGUGAUUCUCAAAUUCCACAGAGGUUCUUAAAUUUUGUAACUGUUAAAAUUAAUUUUAGUGUUAACUUUGACUUUGUUAAAUGAGGGCAGAAAACCACAAUGUCUCUUUGUUCUCCAAAUGUUUCAUGAUUAGUUGUGAAGGAACAGGCAUUUUAUACUAUGAAGAUAUUCUUCUGAGAUUUUUUUUCAAUUGUUUAAGUAUUUUGAAAGUUUCUUUUCUAAUUUUACAUUUGUAUUAUUUUUCUGAUUCUUUUGUAAAUACAGUACUUAUGUGUGAGGCAAGAGAAAAUUUAUGUAAGAACUGUUUUCAUUCCACUUAAGUCUUGACUCUUUCAUAGACCAGGAAGCUGUUCUAUGAUUUAUUAAAAUGCUGAUGCCAUGUAGAGUGCCUGUGUUGGCUGCCCUGUAUAAUGAACUAUGGCUAUGUGCAAUGACAUGAAGAAUCUGCAGUGUGCCCAUGAUGUGGCUAUGAGCCUGUUUCAGAAUCAAGACCAUGUAUAAGCACCAGCCCCAGAGUGGCUUUCCCACUAACUAGUUGUGUCACUUUGGGCAAGCCACUUGGUCUUUCUGAGACUUUAGUUUGUCUCACAGAAGGAAGGGCAUGCACUGGACUAAACCAAAUGAUCUCCAACUUCCCUUCUAGUUCUAAAUUGUAUGAUUCUAACACCUACGUUUAAAAUGUUUAUCAAUUAACACAUUAUCAGGUUACUUUGUAUUAUAAAAGAUAGCUAAAAUAUUACAGAAAAUUAGCUAUCCUAUAAAGUUCCUUCUUUUAUUAUCAGUAAGAGCUUCCAUGAAUUUUUCUUAAUUUCUUUAUUAAUUGACUCUUUAGACCACUGUGCAUUGUGCUCCAUAAGAAAAUUUGUGCUGCUGAGUGCUCAAUAAUAUAAUGCUAAUCUGAGAGUCAAAGCUUUCUUAAGGGCCAAGAAGGCAACUUGAGUCUUUGGCUUAUCUGGCUAAAUUAUCAGUUGUUACAAAAGCAUAAUUGCUUUAUGUUUUGGAUCAUUUUUAUUGGGGUGAAUGGGGGGUGGGAAACUGCAUACAGAGGUAACAUAUAUAUAUCCAAGUUUCUGAAAUGAAAGUUUUUGAUUACUUUUUCAACUGUAAAUAAUGUACAUUUCAUGUCACAAAAAUUGUUUUCUGCAAAUUUUCUAGUAUAGCAAAGAGAAAUUUUUGUAGAUGAAAAAUUAUUAUGUUUAGAGGUCUAAUGUUAUAUGUUUUCAUAUUAAAGAGUGAAUUUGUAUUUAAACAAAAGUUUAAAUUUUGGAAUCCUCUAAACGUUUUUGUAUCCUUAAUUGGUUUAUUAUUAAAUAAAUCAUGUGAAAAUUCUGAA